AUGGCCUCGGGAGACACCCUGUACAUCGCCACGGACGGCUCGGAGAUGCCGGCCGAGAUCGUGGAGCUGCACGAGAUCGAGGUGGAGACCAUUCCGGUGGAGACCAUCGAGACCACCGUGGUGGGCGGCGAGGAGGACGAGGAGGAGGAAGAGGAGGACGAGUGCUGCGAAGAGUGCGGCCCGCACCACCCGCCCCAUCACUACCACCACCACCAGCCCAUGAUCGCGCUGCAGCCGCUGGUGUCGGACGGGGACCCCAGCGGGGCGGGCGGCGGCGCGGCCGGCGGCGGCGGGGGGCAGCUCCACCUGCACCACCACCACCAGGAGGUGAUCCUGGUGCAGACCCGCGAGGAGGUGGUGGGGGGAGACGACUCGGACGGACUGCGGGCCGACGACGGGUUCGAGGACCAGAUCCUCAUCCCGGUACCGGCCCCCGCCGGGGAGGACGAGUACAUCGAGCAGACCCUGGUCACUGUGGCCGCCGCUGGCAGCAAGAGCGGAGGCGGCGGUUCCUCCUCGGCCGGCGGAGGAGGCCGCGUUAAGAAGGGCGGCAGCGGCAAGAAGAGCAGCAAGAAGAGUUACCUGAGCGGGGGAGGCGGCGGCGGGGCCGAGGGCGGCGGCGGCAGGAAAUGGGAGCAGAAGCAGGUGCAGAUCAAGACACUGGAGGGGGAGUUCUCGGUCACCAUGUGGGCCUCGGAUGAUAAAAAGGAUAUUGACCAUGAAACAGUGGUGGAAGAGCAAAUCAUUGGAGAGAAUUCUCCUCCAGAUUACUCAGAGUACAUGACAGGGAAGAAACUUCCUCCUGGAGGAAUACCUGGCAUUGACCUCUCAGACCCCAAGCAACUGGCUGAAUUUGCUAGAAUGAAACCAAGAAAAAUUAAAGAAGAUGAUGCUCCACGGACGAUAGCUUGUCCUCACAAAGGCUGCACAAAGAUGUUCAGGGACAACUCUGCCAUGAGGAAGCAUCUGCACACCCAUGGCCCUCGAGUACACGUGUGUGCAGAGUGUGGCAAGGCCUUUGUGGAGAGCUCGAAGCUAAAGCGGCACCAGCUAGUUCACACCGGAGAGAAACCCUUUCAGUGUACGUUUGAAGGAUGUGGAAAGCGUUUUUCACUGGACUUCAAUUUGCGCACACACGUGCGAAUUCACACUGGCGACAGGCCCUACGUUUGCCCGUUUGACGGCUGCAAUAAGAAGUUUGCGCAAUCAACCAACCUGAAAUCUCACAUCUUAACACAUGCUAAGGCCAAAAACAACCAGUGAAGGUUGAGGAGAACAUUCUAGAACUCUAAGCAUCUUACAGGAAAAUCAGUUGGAAAGAAAUACGCCUCCCCUUUGUAUAUUGUUUCUAGGAAAAAAUUUUAAAAAGAACCCUACAAACCUAAAGGACGUGUUUUGAUAAGUAGUAAAUAAAAAGCAAAAAAAAACCACACGGGAAACUUUAAGGUGACAUUGCUAAGAUGAUCCACCUUGAUCUGUAACCCCGUUUCAAGAACACGGUGUUUUGUAAAGCGUGGCCCCAACCGGACGGGUCAGCUCAUGAACUUGCAUCAGAAAAGACAAUUCUUUAUACAACAGUGCUAAAAUUGGACUUCUUUUCACAUUCUUAUAAAUAUGAAGCUCACCUGUUGCUUACAAUUUUUUUUAAUUUUGUAUUUUCCAAGUGUGCAUAUUGUACACUUUUUGGGGAUAUGCGUAGUAAUGCUAUGUGUGAUUUUCUGGAGGUUGAUAACUUGCUUGCGGUAGAUUUUCUUUAAAAGAAUGGGCAGUUACAUGCAUACUUCAAAAGUAUUUUCCUGUAAAGAAAAAAAAAGUUAUAUAGGUUUUGUUUGCUAUCUUAAUUUUGGUUGUAUUCUUUGAUGUUAACACAUUUUGUAUAAUUGUAUCGUAUAGCUGUAAUGAAAUCAUGUAGUAUCAAAUAUUAGAUGUGAUUUAAUAGUGUUAAUCAAUUUAAACCCAUUUUAGUCACUUUUUUUGGAGAAAUACUGCCAGAUGCUGAUGUUCAGUGUAAUUUCUUCGCCUGUUCAGUUACGGAAAGUGGUGCUCAGUUGUAGAAUGUAUUGUACAGGCACUGACCGUUUAUUAACACCUGAUAAUAUGUACAUCCCCCAUGUAAUAGAAAGGACAACAAUAAAACAGUGGUCCUAAAGAAAGAAUCUGGCAGAAAAUGAUCUGUAAGCGCAGUCAAUUUUCUUUUGUUGUCCAGAGCAGUUCUAGUUCCUCUUGACCUCCCAGAAAUUGGAAGCUAAAUAAACUCAAGUUUCCUUUACUUUGCAUUCAAUUACAGUGAUUUGUGAUGCAGUUAAUGCCACGUCAGGUGGUAUAUCUGAACAGAAUUGCUGACUAAUUCUGGUUUUGAGUGACCUAGAAUUCCAUUAACUGGAACACUGGAUUUGGAGACUUGGCAGUGUAGUGGGGAGUGUUCUGUGUGCCUGGACAGCAAGUAGGUAAAACAGUACAGGAAAUAACUAAAUGGAAACCUUUGUUUAGUCAAGGUAAAGAGUGUUGGCGGUUUAAAUGCAUUAACAAUAGAAAGUGGAGGAAUGGUAGGGUUUGGGUGAUCAUACCAGGAAAAAAAAAAAGAAACUGUUUCUUCUUUUGGCUAACGUGUUUGAUUGUAAUGAUAAAAAUCCUUGGAACCUUAUUGGACACCUUUUGUUUCAAAACAAGAACUUGAAGUUCUGAAAGAACUAGAUGGAGUUGAGUUUUGAUGGUCUAACUAAGAGUGGUUACUUCUCAUUUGUUCAAGUGUUCAAAGAAAACUUAGCAGAUACUAUAGUAAAAUGUGACAGAUUAAUAAACAGAAAAAAUGCAGAGAAAUGCAUAAGUUAUUUUUUAGAGGCAUGUAACAUAUUUUAAUGCAGUAAAAAGUGUUGUUAAUCUUUUUCUGAAUUCUGUUCUUAAAAGGUUCAUCAAAGUUUUCAUUGCUAAUACUGUAAAACUUAAUUUUGAGUCCAGUGUUGGUGGUAGUGGCAAAAACAUGGGUAAUAAAGAAACUGCACUUAAAACCAAGGGAAUUUUCAUCCGUACAUAAGUUAAUCUGAACACUGCAACUCUAGUCUGAGGUUAUUAGGGGUAGAAAGAAAGUUGGGACAUUUAAUUGUAAAGUAUGCGUUAGAAUUUUGGCAGUAUUUUUUCUUUUAUAUAUAAGCAGUUUUUGAACAGGACAAUAUACUGAAACUUGUAUAGUUAUAGUUAAAUUAAAUUCUGUAUACAGUUAAAUUAGUGUCUAUUCUUUUUGGAAGGAAAUAAAAUUAAUUCAGUCUA